AUGCAUUGGAACCAGUCGAUUUCAGAUUCUGUUCCUCCUGUUUUACUUCCUGUAAAUGAAUCUACUCCUUUAAAAGUACUUCUGAAAGUGAAACCAAGAGAUGCAGAGAUAAACUCAGGCGAUGAAAACUUAUUCAAUUCGUACCUCUUACAAGAUAAUCUGUUCUUCUAUAAAGAUGAAGACAAAUAUCAGUUUGAUUCUGUCCAUGAGAAGAGCACUGAACUCUAUAAUGGCAUCAAAGGGGACCUUAUAAAUAACAUUUUUGAAGGAUAUCACACAGGAGUAAUCACCUAUGGUUCGGCUGGGACUGGCAAAUCCUCCAUUUUUUAUGGUACCGAUUCAACGUAUGAAGGUGGUGUAGUACUCAUGUUUGUUCAGGACUUAUAUGACAAGAUUGAUUCCAUAGGAAAUGAUACUCAUUUUACAGUUAGCCUUUCCACCAUUGAAAUACAUUUGGAGAAAAUGUAUGAUUUGUUAGUCAAUGACCGUAGGCCUUUGAAAUUACACCAUGAAACUAAGCAAGAUGAUGAGUAUUAUUUUAAAGAUUUGCAUGUUGCGUUCGUAACGUCAAGGGAUGAAUUAAUCAAUUACAUAAUGGACGCUGAGUCUAAUAGAUUUUCUGGAUCAUGCCUUCAUACAAACUAUGUACAACGCUCCAAAUCUCAUCUCAUCACGAAGAUAAAUGUUGAGCAAAGAAAUUUGAAUGAAGAUGUUGUCAAAAGAGGUUCUAUAUCUUUCUUCGACUUGGCAGCAAUCGACUUUAUUGAUAAAGACUCUAUGGUAUCAUUGGGAUUAACCUCUGAUGAAGUCAAGAAAUUAAACUUGGAAUCAACUACUUUAAAAAAUUCGAUCAUUUCAAUGUCUGAACUAUCUGAAAAUCCUAAUGCAGUUAUACCGUACAAAAACUCAAAUUUAACUAAAUUAUUGAAUCAAUGUUUCAUGGGAAAUAUGAAGACAACUGUGAUAUUGACAUGUUCUAUGCUGAAAUCAAAUGAAGCAGAAACACUAGAAACAUUAAAAAUGGGAUUAAAGUUGGAGUCCAUAUCAAGUAAUGUUCACAUGAAUAAACAUGCAUUAAAUUCCAAAAAAAAGUUGGACCUAAUUGUGGAAGAUAUGAAGAGUAAAGAAGCUAAUUACAUGAACCGUAUACGACUUUUAGAAACUGAAUUAAAUGACUUAAGAGCAUCGUACGGUGAGGCUAUAUCUGAAACUUCAUCUUUUAAGGAAGAAAUGAAUAAAGAAAGAGCUAAAAACGUCAAAUUGAAGGAAGAACUAGAAGUCUUUAAGAAGUUAUUACAAAAGAAAGGCGAAGCACAGUCGACUCAUAGCAAAGAAAUGCCUCUCACUGAUGAUGAAGAAAUAAUGCAGCAAUUGAUCGAAAAGAGCGCAUCUGUUGCAGAAUUGAAAGCGACGUUAGACAUUGAAAAACAUAAAUCUUUCAAAUUGAAUGAAGUACUAAAAAAUUAUGUUGAGAAGCUUCAAACAUUGAAAAAGAUGAAUGAUAAUUUGGUCACUCGGAUAGAAAAACAGGAAGACUCCAUUCAGGACCUUCUAUCGUCGAACACUGUAAUGAAAAGUCAGAUUAAAAAUUGGAAUAAUACCGCCGAUUCACGAACCGAACGAAUUAAACUGCUGGAAUCAAAGUUGAGGGAGCAACAAUUAAAGGCAGAAUCCACAUCAAUCUUUUCAUCGCCUAGGAAACAGUCAAUCGGAUCCAGUUCAUCAAAUCCAAUUUUACACAGCGAUGAAACAUCAGAAGGAUAUGCUAAGCAUCAAACAGCAUCUUCUGGCUGGGGAUUUGGUGUCACUAAAUCGGCAUUUUGGGGUCACGGUAACAUUUCUGCGCAGAGAAAAGCUUCGACAAGCAGUAUGGCCACAAUCGAAUCACAGGAAUCACCUUCUCAUAGUGUUACCACUAAAUCUUUCAAGAAGGGUUUAGUUCUAAACUCAAUCAAAUCAGUUUCUGCUAAUCCAGGAAAUACUGAGGACAAUGAUAACAAGUAA